GGCUUUUGCACCGAUGAUUAACCGGCAGAAUUGGACAGCGGCUCCCGAGCAGAAGCAUUGCGCAUCAAAUGCCUCUUGCUCGACCUGCAUUGCUUGGCCGACGCUACUGACGCAUUCACCUUGUAGCGAUCAGCAUGGGAGCGGAAAGGGCGGGCGACGUGGGCGCUAGGGCUUCUCGCGAAGACAGAGACCCCUGCGCCAGUGUAUCUGGCCACCCUUCUUGUCAUCGUGGUUGUCAGAGAUAUAUUGGAAACGAGCAUAAUGGAUGGUCAAUACCACCACCACCAAUGCUGUCGCCGGCACAGUGUGGCCGUCUGAAUCAUGUCUGUCUCAUAUUCUCGAGACUCAACGCAAGCGGCCAUCAACCGCCUACAACAUGUCGACCCUUCAGUCUGCACCUCCGAUAUGUCAUCGAGCGAAGAGCAGUGCAGCUGUCAAGCAUAGUCAAAUAUGGGGAAAUUCUACCAUGCAACGCGGGUCUGAGGCUUAGAACCCUCCUGGCCAGCAAUCAAGCCAUGUCUUGCAGUAGUGACGACGUCUGGGGAGAUUGCUAAUAAUACCAGGGCGGUCUUCGUGUCAUGCGCCAGGUCUCCGUUCAAUUUGCGAUGA